AUGUCUUUGGUAGCUUCAAGAGAUGUUGAAAAGAUAAUAGAAUGUUUGGCAAUUAUUGGUGAAAAUAAAAAUGUAAGAGUUAUGGUUCGAGAAACAUUUAAAGGUUUAGCCAUAUCUGGAAUUGGAGCCGCAUUGGGAGGAUUACUCUUGGGUAAAUCAGGAUUGAUGUUAGGUGGAGGCGUUGCUUCCGUUUUAUCAGAUGAAUUUUUAACAUUAGGAAAAGUUUUAAUGAAUCUUAAAGAGGAAGAAAAAAGAGAAUUAUGUAAUCUAUUAAAAGUUACAAUGAAACUUGCAAUUCCAGCAUUGUUGUCAGUUUUGUGUAGCAGGUCCGAUCCUGCUGUUGUAAAGAUAGCUCUCGAAGUAGUCGAAGAAUUUUUAAUGAAAGAAAAAAAUCUUAGAGUGACAUAUUAA